CACUGCAGUUCACCUCGCUCGUCUACACUUUACUGGAUUAAAGAUGUCCCGGGCCGCAGACAGAUUAAAAGUGGUUUUGAAUCAUCUGGAUCGGUCCCACGGCGCUGUCCGAGCAUCCUUCACUUCUGCCCAAAAUGUGUCCUAUCAUCAUCAUCAUCCUCAAGCCUUUCAAUACACUUUUGACACGGAUCUCCUGACUCCAGAACAGAGAAUCGCCUACGAAAAGGAUGGUUUCAUACUCAUCCGAAACUUGGUAUCGGACGAGGAUAUUGACCAAUUCAGUAAAGAGUUUGAGCGCAUCUGUAAGAGAGAGGUGAAGGUGCCUGGUUUGUUGGUGAUGAGAGAUGUAUCCAUUGCUAAAUCCGAGUUUGUUGAAGGCGAGAAGGCUGUUACCAAACUUCAGGACUUCCAGGAAGAUCCAGAACUUUUCCGCUACUGCACUUUACCCCAGAUCCUGAAGUAUGUGAAGUGUUUCACCGGACCCAACAUCAUGGCCAUGCACACCAUGCUCAUCAACAAACCACCUGACACAGGUAAGAAGACCUCUCGCCAUCCCAUGCACCAGGAUCUACACUACUUCCCCUUCCGACCUGCCGAUCGCAUUGUGUGUUCAUGGACCGCCAUGGAGAAAGUGCACCGGCAAAACGGCUGCCUGGUCGUCCUGCCCGGCUCACACCAUGGCACUCUGCAGGAACACGACUACCCAGAAUGGGAGGGUGGAAUAAAUAAGAUGUACCACGGGGUGCGUAACUACGACCCAGACCAUCCCAGAGUGCAUUUAGAGAUGGAGAAAGGAGAUACAGUGUUUUUCCAUCCUUUGCUGAUCCAUGGCUCAGGAAUGAACCAAACCAAGGGAUUUCGAAAGGCCAUCUCCUGUCACUAUGCCAGCUCUGACUGCUAUUACAUAGAUGUGAAAGGAACGACUCAGGAGAACAUCAGCAAUGAAGUGAAGGAACUUGCAGCCAAGAAGUAUGGGGUUGACGAUACAAUCUCCUUUCAGGACACUUGGGCUUUGCGGGGACGUCUGGUCCAUGGAGAAAGAACAUCGAUGUGACUUGUGACUCAUCUGUCUGGCUUAGAGAGAGGACGGCUUCACAACUGGAUUAAUUAACAGCGCACAGCUGUUUGUUAAUUUGACAAUUUCCUUCAAAUUUGAUCAUUAUGGUUACAUAAUUGAUAAUUAUGGAAAGUACAGCUUUCACCAUCAGGUGGCAGUGUAGGGAGUAAAUCAUGGAUCACACACACUGAAUUGCCAUCUGUGCCUGGGACGAUCAGUCCUGAUACCGAUCUAAUAAUAAUGAAAGCCAGACAUUGUAAUAUUAGCAUCAACGGAUCUUGGUGUGGCGGAAAUUGG